UCUAGUCAGGUUUUUACUAGUUCCGUAUAAGUAUCGUACAAAAGAUAUUUUUAUUUUGCAAAGAUCUUUCUUUUAUCUAAAAUCUCUCUCGUCGCUUUUAAGCAAGUAUAUGAGUUUUGUUGAGAUGGGUGGAGAUAUGAUGGAAGAUGAUUGGGAAUUUGCGACGUCAUCAAGCCUUAACCGAACCCUAGUUCUUGUGGGACGUACUGGUAACGGAAAGAGUUCCACAGGGAAUAGUAUUCUUGGGAGGAAAGCUUUUAGGUCAAAAGUUAGAACCGUAGGAGUGACGACCACGUGCGAGUCACAGAGAGUUAUUCGAGAAGAUGGUGAGAUCAUUAAUGUCGUUGAUACUCCUGGUUUGUUUGAUGUGUCCACUGCAGCCGAUUUUAUCGGUAAAGAGAUUGUGAGGUGUAUAAGUUUGGCAGAUGGUGGGAUUCAUGCGAUCUUGUUGGUAUUCUCUGUGAGGAGGCUUAGUAACGAGGAGAAAGCUGUGCUUAGUUUCUUGCAAGCGCUAUUCGGCAGUAAAAUCACUGACUAUGUGAUCGUUGUUUUUACCGGUGGCGAUGAGUUGGAAGAGGAUGAUGAGACAAUGGAGGACUAUUUAGCUGACUCCUGCCCUGAUUUUAUGAAGGAUAUUCUUGAGCUAUGUGACAAUCGCCUUGUAUUGUUUAAUAACAAGGCUACUAAUAAAGUCAAGAAAGCUGAGCAAGUUGAGAAGCUUCUCUCAGUUGUUGAAUCCGUUGUCAAACAUAACAAUGGUAGACCGUAUACAGAUGAGUUGUUCCACGAGCUACAGGAAGAGGCUAUCAAGCUAAGGGACCAGAAAAAGGAGGUUGAAGCGCUGGAAGGUUACUCAAAUAAUGAGAUAUCUGAGUUCAAGAAGCAAAUUGAUAUGUCCUAUGACCGGCAGCUUACCCGUAUCACAGAGAUGGUGGAGAAAAAGCUGAGAGAAACAGCCAAGAGGCUGGAGCAGCAACUGUGUGAAGAGCAAGCCGCAAGAAUUGAAGCGGAAAAGAGGGCAAACGAAGUUCAGAAACGGUCGAGCGAUGAGAUUAAGAAGCUGAGAGAGAAUCUGGAGAGGGCUGAAAAAGAGACCAAGGAACUCCAGAAGAAACUGGGAAAGUGUAUCAAUCUGUGAUUGCUUAAAUGUCAGAAGCUUCACUGAAAAUCUGAUUAAGGGUUUUUAUAUGGUUUUUAGGUUUUAUCAUCAAAGACAGUGUGUGAAAAACACAUCCUACGUAUAUUUUUCAUCCUUAUUCUCCUAGUGUCAUGGACAAAGUUNUUUUUUUUUUUUUUUUUUUUUUUUUUUCUUGGUGGAACUUUAUUUGGUUUUCGGUUUUGAAUUAAGUUGGUAUCUUGAAUAA